CGCUUGAGGCUUCUCGGAUACGCGCAACGCAGGAUGCGUAACGCCUGGUGGGAGAAGACGCCAUGUUCCAGGGCUUUGAUGGCCGGCCUAGUGUCGCUGUAGAUCACUUCCCUUUGGCCAUUGAGCACCGCUAGGGCUGUGGCUACUUGCUCCACCACCUCGGGUUCUCGGGAAACGCCAGGUGACAUCUUCAAGAAAAUCCUGCAGAGAAUCAAGCGUCAGCAUGGGGAAAUGGAUAAGGAGACCAUGUUCAGCUUGCCAGUGCUCCGUCGAAUAUUGAAGGGUGAAGCAGCGAUGAUCUUCACUGAAAGUCCUGUGGCGGCUGUGAUGAGCAACCGGUGCAAGCAGCUAGUGCCGCUGGAUGCUGAGUUCUACUACGCUCCAAAGCACAUCACUCAGCUGCCCAUGUCCAUGUUCAUGCGCAAGGGACUGGACGAGUCCCUGCGUCGGGUUAUCGGAGAAAUGAUCGAGCUGUUCAUGGAACGAGGCUUCAUAGCCAAGUUCUACCGAGACAGCCGACUCGAAAUUCCCCCAUGUCGACGCCUGACGGCGCAGAGCCACAUCGGGGACAGCGCAGGCCCACAGCUGGACUCCCUGCAGGGCGUUUUCCUGUCGUGGCUUGCAGGACUCCUGUGGGCAGCUGCCACUCUUCUGGCAGAAAUUCUCUGGUACCGAGCUGGACGGAGGGGGGAUGUUCAGUCGUUGAAGUGACACCAACCAGUAGUUUUAAACGAGUUCUUCGCGGCGGCAGCAUUGGCGUCGCAUUGAUUCAGUUGCAGACGCUCACAGUCUUACGAGAGCCAGCGCUCUGUAAAGCACGUGCAAGCACUAUCUAGUGUUCGGGCAUAUUAAACACGA